CACAUUUCAUUCCUUAAUCCUUGUUCUCUAUAUAUGACUCGAAAUCUCAGACUUUAAGAAAAAGGAGGAGCUUCUUCUCAGAUCGCGCCGAUGCGAACAGAAAGGGUUGAGUCCGCUCCUGAAAUAGCAAUCUCACAAUGAACAGCGCAAGAGUCCACGAACGUACCGACGUCACCAGCGAGUCACACCAGUCCAUAUUACUCGUUGGCACCCAAGAUGAAGCCGGUCUCGAGGAACGUGUGCCUCCUGAGAAUGCACAGCCUGCAAUGAGACCGGUGUCACGGAAGAGGCAGACGAGUAUCCUCUUAUGCGCUUUUCUAGAUGUCUUUGUUACCAUCGGAUUGAAUCAAGCCUACGGAGUCUUCUUAAACUAUUACUUGACCGACGGUAGCAGUGAAAAGGAUCCCUUCCUCCCAAAAAGCGAGGUCUCGAGUAAAGCGAUGUUAGCCUUUGUCGGCACAGUCGGUGCUGGCUUGACUUGGGCAGGAAGCAUUUUCGUCAACCCAAUCAUGGCGAGAUCAAAGGAUCCUCGAUGGAUCACAGGCUCCGGGGCCAUUUUCAUCAGUGCUGCCUACGUGAUAGCAAGCUUCUGCCAUAAGGUAUGGCAACUUCUCUUGACACAAGGACUGAUGUAUGGAGUUGGUGCUUCUCUGCUAUACUUCCCGAUCCUCGCAGUGGCUCCUGAAUACUUUGAUACCCAUCGCGGCUCCGCCAUGGGCCUGAUUCUUUCAGCUGCUGGAGUUGGUGGCCUUGUCUAUGCUCCAGCUGCUCGCGCGAUGUUAGCAAAUUUAGGUGCAGCUUGGACGCUGAGGAUAUUUGGAAUUGUGAACUUCGCCAUAUGCAUUCCUGUCGUUCUGGCCACACCGCCGUCUCGAAGCCUCAGCAAACGACCUACACUGGUGGAUGCUAGAUUGGCAAAGAGACUGACAUUCAUCCUACAAGCUCUAGCUGCUAUGUCGCAGGCGGCAGGCAAUCUAGUUCCCAUCACAUUCUUACCAGAGUUCAGUACGAGGCUAGGUUAUACUGCUGCAUUUGGUGCUGCACUCCUCUCAAUCAACAACGCCGUGAAUACAAUUAGUCGAAUAUCAAUGGGAUUCAUUGCGGAUAUUGCCGGGAGACAAAACACCCUGGUCUUGAGUGUGCUGGGAAGUGCCAUCACAGUCGCCGCAUUUUGGCUGUCCAGUGCGUACGGCAAUGAUAUGGGCCUCUGGAUCACGUUCGUGAUCUCGUACGGCAUCUUCGCAGGAGGAUAUAAUUCCUUGUUCCCGACCACUGUUAUCGAAGUAUUUGGAGCUCAGGCGUACGCCUCAGUCAAUGGAUUUAUCUACUUUAUUCGAGGGCUUGGAGCACUUUGGGGUUCCCCUGUUGGUGGUGCACUCGUGAAAGGAGGAACACACCCGCAUGCCUACAUCUCCCUGAUAUGGUAUGAUUUUGGGCUUCUGAUGUUGUCAAGUUUCUGUGUCAUUGGUGUGAGGGUACUGGACGCUUCUGCAAAAGGCCAAUUCAAGCUCAAAGCCUGAGGCAUAUCUAGGUAUACGUGUGUAAGAGUUAAAAAUGAACAAGUCUCAACUCCUGUC